CUGUUACCCAGCAGCCAACCCCCACGUGUUGCAGCGCGGGGCUCUAGUUACCAACAUACGAUAUGACUCACAGUAUAAAGGCUGAUGAGCUCACCUACAUAUCAUCACACAUACCUAUCGGAAUAUUGAGUUGGGUUUCCAUUAUUACCAAACUCAGAAUCUUCCAGGGGUUAUCCCGCAAUGAACUUACCAAACAUCUACAUAAUCGGUGCCCAAUGCACCGGCAAAACCACCCUUGUCAACGCGCUGGAGGCCUACUUCACCCACCAACACCACAAGAACAGCGUUCCCACCAAACCUAGCUAUCCUGCUCCAAGUUUCAUCGAAGAAGUAGCACGCACCGUCCUUAAAACCCACAACUUCGCCGCACACGACAUCCGGACCUCCCCAUCACGCGCCCUCGCCCUGCAGACUCUUAUCCUAGAAGCCCAGUUUCGUGCCGAGCGGCUCCAUCUGGCCACCGCAGAAGACAACGCCGAGGACAGUUGUUCUUCACCAUGGUUCAUCUCAGACCGCUCCGCCAUAGACCCAAUCGUCUACGCCCUUCGGUACGUCAGCGAGGACGCCGCGCAGGAAUUGUCCGCCUCGAAUGAGUGGAAAGAGAUGAGAGCCCUCAUGGCUAGGUCUUUGGUCAUUGUCUGUGAGGCUGGGGCGAAUUGGUUGGUGGAUGACGGGGUGAGGUUGAUGCCCUCGGGUGAGGAGUGGAUGGAGACGCAUCGGGAUUUUUGCCAGGUGCUUAAAAGUGCUGGGCUGAAGUAUGAGAUUCUGCCAUGGCGGAUAGGGAUAAUGGAUGAACGGGUUAAAUUUGUUUUAUCAAAGUGGGAAAGACUGCUGACAACACAAGAAAAGACACUGGCUAAGUUAGCAGCUGCAUAGAACAGAAAAGUAUCUGCUACAUUGGCUCGUGUCUGGUGUGACGUGGGGAUUGUUGGGCUUGCCGCAAGAUCGAAGAUGUUAGUUUAGACACCUCUUCGCAUUCGACACAGUAUGAGGACCCUGUCACAAGAACAUUAAGCUGGAUCAGCGAGACAAACAGGAAAAGCCGGCAGUUUUCGAACCUCAUAUCAUGCGAGAGCAGAAACGCUA